CGACAGCAAAGCGUGCACUCAGGAAGUGCAUAGAACUAGGUAGAACAAGAAGACUAAUGGAUAGAACAACUUUUUAACUUAUUACUAUUGUUUAAAAAACGAAUUCAAAGUUCUGUGGAGUUUUUGUAAAAUCAGUGCUGUUAAAAUGCAGAUGCAGCAGCCGCAGCAGCAACCUGUAUUUAAACCGCUGAAUUCUUCAGAGGGAUCAACAAGUGUCUUUUCCUUUGAUUCUUCCAGAUCCAGAACAUGUCAAAAUGAUAAUGCAACUUUUCAAAUAGCAAGACCAAAUGAAAUGCAGUCCCAAGCACCGAAAAUAUCCCAGCAAAAGGAACAAAACGUUGGACAAGAGAGAUUAUCAUCUUUGCAUGCUAAACUUCAUCAAGAAGCAGAUAAAAUUCGGAAAUGGAAAGUUCAGUCAGAAAUUGAACUGAAACAUAAGGAAAAGAAAAUCCAGGAAGCAAGUACAACUGUUGAGGCUUUGAGAAAGUCAAUUUUGGAGCUGCAGCUACAGAAUGAAAACUUGAGCUUGAAAUUAAAAGAGGAAAUGGACCAUAGAGAAGAUAUUUUAAACAAGAUCCACUGUACAAGGGAUCUCUGCAACAUAUUGAAAAAUCACACCACACAAAUGGAAGAAAAACUUGAACACUGUGAAACUGAAAAAACAGAAUUAAAAUAUCUUGGAAAAGAACAUCAAGAGCAAUUUGAGGAACUAUCUAAGCAGUUUCAAAAACUAGAACUUUCUUCAGUGGAGAAUCAUAACAAACUUAUGAACCAGUUAAAUCUAGAAAGAGAUGAUAGAGUUAAAGUGGAGAAAGAUAUGGAAGACAAGCUAUCUAAUGCAGAGGAAGAUCUGAAGGAUUUAAUAGACCAGUGUGAUGAAAAGGACAUUGAAAUAAGAGAGGUUCGUUCAAGACUUCAAAAGAAUGAUGAAACAAUUCACAGUUACCAACAAGAUAUUGAAUACAGCAAACAAAAAGUAGAGAAUUUAAAUACAGAAUUAUCUGAAAAGGACAUUAAAUUGCAAGGACUUUUUGAUGAACUGAAUGCAAAUUUGGAGGAGAAGAAUGUGUUGGAGAUUAAGAUAAAUAACAUAGAAAUAGAGCUAGAAGACAGUAAAUCUACCAUUGAUAAAAUGGAACAAACAAUGUCAUCCAACCAAACUAAGUUUGAUACAAGUAUUGAUGUACUACAGAGAGAAUUAGAAUCCGCUAGAUUACAACUAGAGCAGACCAAACUACUGCUGAAAGAAAUGGAAGUUAAAAUGGCAGAAGGAGUUUCAAUAUGUGAAAAUUUAAAAAGUUCCAGGGAUGUCCUGAUCAUGGAAAAGUCAGAAUUAGAAGCUAGAAUUUCUCAACAAGAAAAUACUUUGGUUUUUCAAUUUCAAUACAUUUUUAAAAAUUUACUUCAAUAAUUUUGUGUAUAAGAUUGAUAAAUGAAAUGAAAUGACGUUAACGUCCUACUUUUCUUCAUCUGGUCUAUACACAGAUCACAAUUCUAUGGAAUACACUGUCUAUUACUGACAGACAUUUCGACUGGGCAUUUCAAGCCUUUCCUUGAUAAACAGUAAAUGUAUUCCAUACACGAACAUACACACAGACAUCUUUGAUAUUAUUUAUAUAAAUCAGAUGAAUGUAUGGUAUAACUUGACUCAGUGUGUAAAGUUCUGGUGCACUAAACUGGGGGACUGGGGGUCUCAGUUUCAAUUCCAGUAUUGGCUGAGAAAGUUUCUCAUGAUUUUCCAGGGUAGUGUCCCCUUGUCGGUGGUGCAGGACGGAGGGCCUGACAAGGAACAGUGUCUAGUUUUUAAGAUGGGAUGAAAAAAUGAGGUAGCAUGCAUGUGAAAGACCCCUUAAAAGUUGGAAUUUCAAUUGAGUUCCAGGCAAAAUUUAUCUCAUAGCACACACUGCAUGGCAUAUGCCCAUAGAAAAGUAGGAGGUUAAACCUCAUUUCAUUCAUAUAUAACUUGACAACAUACACAUAUGUAUAUCGUGAAGAUUUUUAAGUUAAUUUUAUUUCCAGGAAAACAUUCAGGCUGAAAGAGACAGUAUGAGAGAAGAAUUACACAGAUUACAAACUCAGCUAAAUCUGACUACAACUGAAAUUGCAGAAAAAUGCACAAUAUUUGAGGAGUUACAAGCUGUUAACAGGAAUCUUCAGGAUAGAAUCAAUGACUAUGAAAUAUCAUCAAAAAUCAUGGAGAACACCAUACAGACACAAAAGAAACAUUUAGAUUGUAGAGAAGAAGUAAUUAGUGAAGGAAUAGUGAAAGAAGAAGAAUAUAUUUAUAAACUUAAAGAAAUAAAUAUGGAAACAGAAAAACUUCAACAGAAAUUGAAUAAAGAAUGUGAUAUAAAUGAGGAACUAAAAAAGAGUUUGAAAGAAACUAAAACAGAAGAGCAAAGUAAAGAAAAGGAUCUCAUUGUCAAGGAAAAGGAAAUCAAUAAACUGAAGAAAGAAUUGGAGAAACAAGACAAAGAAAAACAAAACCUUACAGGAGAAAUUGAAAUAAUUCAAGCGGAUUUAUCACAACUGAGGUUAAAUCAGGACAGCCUUGAACAGGAAAUAAUACAACUGACACAGGAAAAUGACAGAUUACAAAAACAACAUGAUAAGACAGACAAAAAUUGGAACAAUGAAAGAGAGACAAAGACUAAAAAAAUGACUGAGCUGGAAAGUAAACAGAAGGAAUUGAAAAGUGACAUUGUUUCAAAAAAUAAACAAAUCAAAGAACUUGAGAAGGAGCUGAAGACCACCAAAUCUAAGUUAGCAACACAAACUAAAUCAGCUGAAGAUUCAACCAAUGAAAUAGAAAAAAUGUCAGAAGAGCUUGAAAUGCUGAAGACAAUGAAGAUUGACCUGGAGGAGAAACUACAAGCAGCCAAUAAUAAUGAAGUCAAAGUUUCAUCAAAAUUAAGGACAGAGAUGGCCGAUAUAAAGAAUCAGCUUCACCAAGCAGUAAAAGAUAAAAAUGAUAGUAUUGGUCGAAGUGAUGCUCAAAUUGCUGAUAUGAUGGCUACUCUUCAGAAGUAUAAAAUGGAAAACCAGAAAAUUGUUGAUCAGAAAGAGAAAGAGCUUGAUUCCCUGAGGACAAAGUUUGAUCAGUCAUCAAAUCUGAAAGAGAAAAACAAUAAAUUAUGUGAUGACUUGAAGAAAGAGACAGAUGAAUUGAAGAAGAAAAUAGAUGAUCUUGAAAAAAAAAAGAGGAAUUUAUCACAGACCAGUAACAAUGAUGGUAAAAAGAUAAAGGAGCUUCAAUCAAAAUUGGAGAAAAAGGAAAAAGAAAUAAAGGAAUUGACAACAAAAGUAUCAACACCAAAAGAAAAAGCAGAAAGUCAAACAAUCUGUACUCAAACAAGUCCACCACCAAUACAGAAAAUAUUUAAAGAGGUAACAACGCCACUUCGUAAGACCUUUAUUCCCUCAACACCAAAAGUACAUCCAACUUACACACCAAGGACAGUUCCAAAAACUCCUGUUGAUGAAAAUAUGACACCUCAAAGAAGCAUACUUCGUGGUUUGAAUAGUGUUUCAAAGAAAAGACGAGUUGCUUUUAUUCCCGAUGACGAGAAACACGAUUCAGAUUCUUCCUCUUCAGAAUUGAUGGAAGUUGAGCCAGAUGACAUUGAGAGAUAUAAGAAGGGAAGUGCUACACCAGUUCAUAUUAGACCAUCACCAAGAACACCAUUAACAGUAUGUAAUAACGCAAAGAAAAUGUCUAUGAAAACACCACCUUUACACAGAGUACCUAGAGAUCCUCCUGUCAAGCCAAAACAGUCAUCAUUGAAAGGCUUUUUAGAAAAUGAAAAAGAGCAGUUUCAAACAUUGUUUCCAAAUAAAGAGGGUCAACAAAACAACAAAAAUCUGAAAUCCAUCCAUGCAACACCUACAACCAGAACACCUUCAAAUAAACCUCCACGCUCCAAAUUCUUCUCUGUAUCACCUAAGCUUCGUAAAGAGGGACAUCACAAAUCUGAUAAAGUGGAAGAUAUGGCCUGGUUUGAUUUGGACUCUGUUUUUGGUUUUGGUCCUGAAGACUGAACUGUAUAAGAUCCAUUAAAUAUCUUAUUAUUGUAAAGUAAUGCUGAUCCAACAUAAGAUUUCUGUCCCAAGGCAAUAGUAACUUAAUGCCAUCCACUGCAUUAGGACGGGAGUCUUAUUUUAAAAAAAAAAAGGAAACAUCUGAGUUUAUCAAAACUAUACAGUUAUAUGGGACAACAAUCACUGGUUUAUUAUACACAAG